GAAAUCACAGAGGCUGUCUCAGGAAGAACAGCCCUGACCCCCAGACCCUGACCAGGGGAGGGAAAGCACACUGAUGGGAACACGCAAUGCACCAAUGAGGAGACUCAGUCCAGCCACCCAGCCCAGCCCAGUCAUUCAGGUACAAGAAGAUGGAGACAACCUCAUCCCUUUUGCCAAGUGUUCCAGGGUAGUCAGCCGAUCUCCACCCACCAGCUUGCCUUCCCAGAACCUCAGACUGACACCCCAGUGUUAUGGAGAUAUCUUUUGGGAAAACCUUAGUCAAAGGCCCAGCCCCACCUGGAUGGAGGAACAGUACAUCCCACCCCUGCUGAGAGCCACAGGUUGCUCCCAGCCUGGCCUGUACCCCCCUGAGGGGCUCCCACCCCCUGAGAUACUUUGCAGAAGAAAGAGAAGGAGGCCUCAUUUGGUGGGAACACAGCGGGGACCUGGGGGCAUCCCAGCCCGGGUAAGGGCUGUCACUUAUCACCUGGAGGAUCUAAGGAGGAGACAGAGAAUCAUCAAUGAACUGAAGAAGGCCCAGUGGGGCAGCUCUGAGGCUGCAUCUGAGCCCCUGGUGCCUGAUGAAGAGGGCUGUGGAUUCACCAGCACCACCAAAUACCCUGAUCUGGAAGAAGAGAGAGCAGCCUAUCCAUGGGAGGAGGACCACUUUCUCACUCCUGGCAGGGCCCAGCUGCUUUGGUCCCCCUGGAGUCCCCUGGGCCAGGAGGGGUCUUGUCUCUCCAGGCAGCUGAGCUCUCUGGCCUCCUACAGCAUUGUCACAGCCAGUAGGAGCCCCCUUUACAACCUCUGGGGAAUGGAGUUGCAGUCUGAGGAGUAAGGAGAAACGGUCCAUGCCCAAGAUGCUAGCGCUGCCUCAGGGGCCCAAGACUAGUUCUCAUCACUGGAAUCUCCCCGUUUCUGGCAUCCAGGCAUUUCCCUUUCCUUAGCCUCUCCCAGCUUCCUCUCUCGUCCUCUGAACUAGGCACUAACAGCCCCCUUGGCUCCAAUCUCAACCCACCCCUCUAACUGGAACUCCCCAAGGCCUGUUGUACCCCCGCCCGGCUCCCUGGCACUGUGUUCUUCUCUCGGUUAUGUUAUUAAAAAGCAAGCAAGUUGA